AACUACUGGGUCAGGAAUUCCACCUAAAACAUGGCAACCAGCAAACGUAGUACUCGAAACAACGUAGGUCAAAGUGCAUUUUCAGAAAAAGGGGGAAAAACCCGGGAGUCUGUACCAAAGUGAAAAUAAACUCGUGAAUAAAAUGUCUUACUUUUAAUGUUCUAUUUUAAAAAUAAAUGACAUAGAUAUUUGAUCUAUCUCUGGAUACUGCCAACCCCUCUUACGAGUGUUACAGAUAAUGGGAACUGUUGUGGUUGAGUUGUACUGGAAACAUGCUCCAAACACUUGUAGAAACUUUGCUGAACUUGCUCGACGUGGUUACUACAAUGGUGUAAAGUUUCACAGAAUUAUUAAAGAUUUUAUGAUUCAAGGAGGCGAUCCAACAGGAACAGGACGAGGUGGUGCCAGUAUAUAUGGAAAAGAAUUUGACGACGAAAUCCAUGGGGAUCUUAAGCAUACUGGUGCAGGGAUUUUAUCAAUGGCUAAUAGUGGGCCAGGUACAAAUGGCAGUCAGUUUUUUAUUACUCUAGCCCCUACACAAUGGUUGGAUGGAAAACAUACAAUAUUUGGGCGUGUGAGCAGUGGUAUGACCUGUGUUCAGAGAGUUGGACUAGUUGAGACAGACAGUACAGAUAAACCUGUAGAUGAUAUCAAAAUUGUAAAAGCAUCUAUACCUCAAACUUGAUUAAAAUGUAAAAACAU